AAAAAGGAGAAAGGGCAGACUCGAAAUUUACGUCCAUGGACGAUGUGUGGAGGUUCUCAAACGAAGUGUCAACACCGUUCUGAGGCUUGACCUGAAGUGAGAUGCCAGCGGCACGCACGAGCUCCUUCAAGAGCGCACGCUUGGUCCGGACGUUUGCGUCUCUCUGAUCGCGAGUUUUGGGACUUGAACAUCUUUUUAGUUCGCCGGGGAGGGACACAAGGAGACAGAGAAAAAGAGAAAGGACUCGCCAGGCGUUUGAAAUCCCAGCAGAGCAAAGGAAAGGCACUCGGCGCGUUGCUUUCCAAGCGCCCAACAACGCGACGUAAAUCGGAUCAAGUCAUUGUUCCCCUCCCGGCUGGAUGUUUCCGCUGGAGCCCGGCGUGCCUUGUUUUGUGUUGUUCAAACAGGAUGAUCGCGCGCUCCAAGUAUUUAUCUUUUUUUUCUUAGCGUGGUCGGCUGCCUCGCUUUGACCCAGUGCGCGUGUCUGUUUUAGCGUGCAGUCGCUGUCAAACCAGCUGUUUUGUUUUGCACCACGCUGACUUUCGAUGGGGACGCUUUAAUGUUUGUAUUUGCCUGGGAAACUUUUUUUAAGGAUGAAGAGGAGGAAAAUGUUUUCGAGUGACACCGCCGCCGUGUAGCGAAGUCGACCCACGAGAAAGGGUGGUGUUUAUUACCGCUUUGAUUUCAGUACUUUGCAUCGCCACUCUAAUCGGAUCGGACGGCUGGCAUUUGCCCCACCACACGCAGGAAAAAGUUAUGCAUUUGCAUAAUACUGAAUGAAAAACAAGGGAGCGACUGUGCGGUAGCCACGCUUCGCGGGCUCAUCCCUUUUCCUUUGCGUUCGUGAGAUUUUGAGUAUAUUUACCGUGGAGUAAAAAAAAACGAAGAUAUGGAGGAGUGGAGGCAAUGCGGACGGUGGCUGAUAGACUGCAAGGUUCUGCCCCAAAACCACCGGGUCGUGUGGCCCUCAGCUGCCGUGUUCGAUCUAGCGCAAGCCUUGCGUGACGGGGUUCUCCUGUGCCAGAUGUUGCACAAUCUCUCCCCUGGAUCCGUUGACCUGAAGGAGAUCAAUUUCAGACCUCAGAUGUCACAGUUCCUGUGUUUGAAGAACAUCCGGACAUUCCUCAAGAUAUGCCAUGACAAAUUUGGCCUGCGGAACAGUGAGCUGUUUGACCCUUUUGACCUCUUUGAUGUCAGAGACUUUGGCAAGGUCAUCUCCACUCUAUCGAGGAUCUCCCACCACAGUAUUUCACAAAUCAAAGGCAUCAGACCUUUUCCCACAGAAGACACAGCCUUGAAUGAGGACGAUGUGUACCGGAGCCUUGAGGAGCUGGCAGAUGAGCACGACCUGGGUGAGGAUGACAUCUACGACUGUGUCCCGUGUGAGGAUGAUGGCGACGACAUCUAUGAGGACAUCAUCAAGGUGGAAGUACGACAACCCAUGAUCCGAUACAUGCAGAAAAUGGGCAUGACGGAAGAUGACAAGAGGAACUGCUGCUUAGUCGAGAUCCAGGAGACUGAGGCCAAGUAUUAUAAGACUCUCGAAGACAUUGAGAAGAACUACAUGAUCCCACUGAGGCAAAUUGUGAGUCAGCAGGACAUGGAGGCCAUCUUCGUCAACUUUGAGGAUGUCAUCAAAGUACAUUUUGCUCUCCUUCGAGCCAUUGACCUCAACAUGGUCACCGGAGGAAACGGUUUGGGAAAGAUCUUCCUUGACUUCAAGGAACGGUUAUUAAUUUAUGGCCAGUACUGCAGCCACAUGGAGAACGCUCAGAAGACACUGGAUGAACUAAUAGCAACACGGGAGGAUGUGAAGAUCAAAGUAGAGGAAUGUACGAUGAAAGUGCAGGAAGGCAAGUUCAAGCUGCAGGAUCUUCUAGUGGUUCCCAUGCAGAGGGUGCUCAAGUAUCACUUACUGCUCAAGGAACUUUUGAGUCACUCGACGGACCGACCAGAGAGGCAACAACUAAAGGAGGCGCUGGAGGCGAUGCAGGACUUGGCCAUGUACAUCAACGAGGUCAAGCGGGACAACGAGACACUGAAGAAAAUAAGUGAAUUCCAAAGUUCGAUAGAAAAUCUUCAGCAGGUGAAGCUGGAGGAGUAUGGGAGGCCAAAGAUAGACGGAGAGCUUAAAGUCUGCUCCAUCGUCAACCGUACCAAACAGGACCGGUAUAUAUUCCUGUUUGACAAAGUGGUCAUUGUCUGCAAAAGGAAAGGUUAUAGCUAUGAGCUCAAAGAGAUUAUUGAACUGCAGUCGUAUAAAAUGUCCGAUGACCCCAUGAACAACAGAGACAUGAAAAAGUCAAGUGGAAAAAUGUGGUCUUAUGGCUUCUACCUGAUCCACCUGCAAGGGAAGCAGGGCUUCCAGUUUUUUUGUAAAACGGAAGAAACAAAGAGGAAGUGGAUGGAACAGUUUGAAAUGGCCAUGUCCAACAUCAAACCGGACAGGGCCACGGCUAACCAACAUAACUUCCAAAUGCACACGUUCGAUAAGAACACCAACUGUCGAGCCUGCAAGAUGCUACUCAGGGGCAUCUUCUAUCAGGGUUACUUUUGCUCACGGUGUGGAACUGGAGCCCACAAAGAGUGUCUGGAAGUGAUCACCAUCUGCAAAAUCAAUCCUCUCGACUUGGAACCUGGACUGUCCUCUGGUCCCAAGAUGGUAGCAGUGAGAAACUACCACGGUACACCGGCACCCCCUGGAAAGACAGCUCUGUCCUUUCAAACGGGAGACUACAUCGAACUGCUGAAGGGGGACCCUGACACCGCAUGGUGGGAGGGAAAGUUGAUGCAAACACAGAAGAAUGGCUUCUUCCCCAGUUCUUGUGUGAAACCUUACCUUGACCCAAAGCCCUUCCAGUCAUUAUCCAGCAGGCAGUCGUCAAGGGAUGCAGACUACUACGGCUAUCCUUGGUUUGCAGGAAACAUGGAGCGCCAGCAGGCCGACAACCUCUUAAAAUCCCACAGCAGCGGGACCUACCUCAUCAGAGAGAGGACGGCCGAAGCAGAGAGGUUUGCCAUCAGCAUCAAAUUUAACGAUGAAGUGAAACACAUAAAAGUCAUUGAGAAAGACAGCUGGAUUCACAUCACCGAGGCCAAGAAGUUCGAGAGCCUUUUGGAGCUGGUGGAGUAUUAUCAGUCCCAUUCACUCAAAGAGAGUUUCAAGCUGCUCGAUACCACGUUGCGAUACCCCUACAAGGCAAGGGAGCGCUCGUUAACAAGAUCCAGCUGCCGCUCGCCAGCAGCCACCUGCGCCUCCUACAACUUCUCCUUCCUCAGUCCACAGGGCCUGAACUUCUCCUCUCAGAGCUCGGCUCCCUUUUGGUCAGUGUUUACUCCUCGCGUUGUAAGUACAGCGGUAGCCAGGUAUAACUUUGCGGCAAGAGACAUGAGAGAACUGUCGCUGCGGGAAGGAGACAUCGUCAAAAUAUACAGCAAGAUCGGUGGCGACCAAGGAUGGUGGAAAGGCGAGGCCAAUGGACGGAUUGGAUGGUUUCCCUCAACAUAUGUGGAUGAAGAAGGAGUCCAGUAAGGGCAGGAUGUUGCCCACUUGGCACAUUUUGAAACAGGAAAACAAACAAACAAAAAAUUUAAAAUCAGGAAGCAUCUUCUAUGAAUCUGCUGAUCUCAGAGGAAAAGGCCUCGCUCUCUCCAGGAAAGUUGUUGUUGAUGCUUCUGCUGGAUCGCAAGCACCUCGCCACCACCUCCCCCUGUCUUCAAGUAUGCCUCAGCUUUGCUUGUUCUACAAGUUUCCCUCUUUCAUUACUGUACAGAUAAGAGAGGAAACGUCGCUCGCUCUCUGUUGGCCUCUGUGUGAUUUUCUGAGGCUUUAUUUAACACGGCAAAAACAGACUAUGGCUAGCUUUACUCUGAAAAAAAAGGACUUGCGGACCUCUGCGAGGUGAAAUAAUUGUACAGUAUAGAUAAUUUAUUGAAUAGAGAUUAUUAUCAUGACUAUGGUAAUUGUGGGGAUUUAGCAACAGCAGAUGAUCUGCAAAGAAAACUAAAACAAGGAGACAGAGAGAAAGAGAAAAAAAACAGAUGUUCUUUUUUUCUUUUCACAUUGACAGAUUUUGCCUUAGUUGUCAUGGUGACGCCUUGUGGGUUGACUCCAGUGGAGUGAAAAGACUUUGUUGACUGGCUUGGCUUCUCAUGCAUGCAUGUGUCCAUGUGCAGCCCACACAAACACCAAUGUACAGUUCGGUGCCUUUCAAAGACUUGAUUUGAACCUCAACGUCAGCCAGUCAAGAACAUUUAGCAUUGCUAAAAAGAACCAUUUGUAAACAUGGAAAGGGGGAAAAAAACACAAAAAACAAACGAAAAAAAACUCUUGAACAGAAGACUGAACUUGGCAGUAGAGUCAUUGAACAUGGGGAAGAAUUUAACAAUGACUUGUCAAAAUGGAGUCGCAGAAAUACAGUCAAAAGUAUUGUCUGUGGGGCAAACAAUCACAGUUUUUUUUUAAAUACAGAUGAUCAGGUGACCAAAGGUGUUUUUUUCCAGUUGUCACUCGAGAAAAUCCUCUUUGGCUGGUGCUGUGUCAAAGGCCGAGAAUUAAAACUGCCAUAAAAGAAGAGGUUUUGUGUGCAAGGGUGUGUGUGUAUGUGUGCUAAUCAUCUGUAAUCUGCUCGCACUCAGAAAACUGUGUGGGGGUGUGAUACAGUGCCAAGUGUUCCCAUUUACCUCCAGUGAUUGUUUCACACUCUAUGCAUAGAUCGACGGCCAUGUGAGAGUGUAAAUGACAUCCAUAUUUCCUUACUGCUGUCCCCAUGUAUCACAAUAUUUUCUACUCCCACCUAAUCACACAUCAUAAGAUUUAUUGACAAAAACAUGUCCAUUCAAGCAGGGAAACAAAUGAAAUCUCAUGAAACAUGCUGAGCGCAUAUACCGUGCAUUCAGUAAUUAAUAUUGGUCAAAACAACAUUAUUAUUUAUGAUUUUUUUUAUGUGUGUGCACCCAGUUCACUGAAAAUGCUAUCAUGGAUCAAAUCAGCUGUAGAAGUUUUCAAGAACUUUUGACUGUCUAUGUGUUACUGCAAAGUCACAGUUGAUUUAAGUGUGUGUGUGGGGGGGGUGAGGGGGGAGAGGGGGGUGACAGGAGGCUCUUAGGUUGUCUUGAGUCAGCGGAGAGCUUCCUGUCAUCUAUGUCCUGGACAAGAGCAGCCCAAUGCAUGUAGCUAUUGAUAUUUCAACCCCUGUCAGUACAUCCUGCAAAAAAUAUGUCAGUCAUUGUGUACAUUUUUGUUGAAUGGUCGACUAUUUCUCAAUGAGGUCUGUCAUGGAAUAAAUAUUUCAAAUGUU